AUGACAGCCACAGUCAAGACRAGAGUGCUCAUCGUAUCAGACACGCAUUGCGCUUCGUUGUCGGGAGAAGGACACGAUGCUGCUUCGCCGUUCUCAUCCCCCUUGCCCGAGUGCGAUUUACUCAUCCACUGCGGUGACUUAACGCAUGAAGGAACGAUGGGACAGUAUCACCAUACGCUCGACAUGUUGAAGGAGAUUAAUGCUCCCGUCAAGCUUGUUAUUGCAGGCAACCACGAUCUCUCGCUUGACAUAGACUAUGUCCUCGGCCACAAGAAGAAUCAAACCAAGGUCGAGGYAGAUCAUCAAGUAAAGCAGGCAAGAGACCUUUGGACCGCUCCGUCUGGGCGUGCUAAGCUGGAAGGUAUUACCUUUCUCGAUGAAGGUGUCCAUCACAUCCGCUUGGACAACGGAGCGUUCGUCAAACUCUAUGCGUCUCCCUACACACCAGAAUUCUGUGACUGGGGAUUUCCUUAUAAGAAGAUGGAAGAUCGAUUCAACUUACCAGCAGAUUCACUGUCUGAUGCUACCAACAUCGCAUCUUGUCCCGUUCCCGCCUUUACCUCUGCGGAAGGUCCAAUCGAUGUGUUGAUCACUCAUGGACCGCCAUAUGCUCGCAUGGACACGACUGAUCGUGGCCAAGCUGCUGGAUGCCCUCACCUUCUUCUUGCUACUAUGAAGAGUCGACCAUUGCUCCAUUGCUUUGGACAUAUUCAUGAAGGAUGGGGAGCAGAGAGAGUGGUCUGGUCCCCUCACGCCAACGACGUAGCUGCCAGCUCAACCUCCACCGAUGCGUGGAGAAAAGGUGCGUGGAAAGCAGGUGUCGUUGAUGAAGGUAAAAGUGUCGCUACUGUCAUUCCACACCUCGAGAGCGCUCGCGAGCACCACGCCGUCUUUGUGGACGCGUCAAACGAUUCGGGCAAUGGUUUGAAGCGUGGAGAGGAGACUCUCAUGGUCAAUGCUGCCAUCAUGAACUUACAAUAUAGCCCGAGCAACGCACCUUUUGUUGUGGAUCUCGACCUGCCGAAGGCUUGA